AAGUCAUAUCUUUUUACCUUUAAAAAAAAAAACACAAAGUAGAGAAAGAUGUAUUCUUACUACAGUAAUCCGAAUGGAAUAACUUACAACCCAACUACUUCCAAAUACUCAGUCACCUUCGCUGGAAAAGCUAUAGAAACUACCGUCAGUGACAAAGGCUCCGUCAUCGACGAAUGGGUACGUCAAAUUCUUUCGUUACAUGGUAACACUCCCAUGGUGGUGGUUGGUCUAGACAUUGAGUGGAGACCCCAUGAAAUAAAAUGGAUGAGUAACAAAUCUGCAACGUUACAAUUAUGUAUCGACGAAAAGUGCCUUAUUGUCCAACUCUUUUACGUGGAUGAAAUUCCAAAAUCCCUCAAGGAUUUUCUCAGUAGUGAUAAUUUUACGUUUGUUGGAAUUGAGGUUGCUGAUGAUGUGAAAAAGUUGAAGGAUGAAUAUGAGUUGGAUUGUGCUAAGAGUGCUGAUAUUCGUGCGAUGGCUAAGCAGCGUUGGCCGGGGAGGUUUCGCAGACCAGGGCUGAAAGAUCUUGCUUUGGAAGUUGUAGGUUUGAAUAUGAAGAAGCCUAAGCAUGUGUGUAUGAGUAAUUGGGAGGCAAGGGAGCUGAGUAAUGACCAGGUUGAGUAUGGGUGCAUUGAUGCUUAUGCUUCCUAUAAGAUUGGUUACAAACUUUUGCUUGAGUAAUAAUAUAAGUCGUCUUUUGCAUAAUAUAUGAUGCAUAAUAUUAUACUAGUAGUAUUAGGGCUUAAUGUUGACAGUUUACCUUUGUUUAUUUGUAUUGAUUAAUUAGAAGCAGACGAAUGGGAAUUAGCUUAUAUAUAGUUGGAACAUAUAUUAUCGGCAUGGAAUGGCUUUUAUGUCACAAAGUGCUGGAGAUAGCACUUGUUUUUGUACUGUUUUAAAUUAUACUUAAUUAUUAAGUACUGCUCUUUUUGGAUCAAGUCAAAAA